GUAGGUCUCGCGCUGUUAUUCGAGGAGCAGCGACGCACCGGGCUGCGGCGUGAGAGGGACUGACGAUGGACACCCAGAAGGACGUGCAGCCGCCUAAACAGCAGCCAAUGAUAUAUAUCUGUGGAGAAUGUCAUACAGAAAAUGAAAUAAAAUCCAGGGAUCCAAUCAGAUGUAGGGAAUGCGGAUAUAGAAUAAUGUACAAGAAAAGAACAAAAAGAUUGGUGGUUUUUGAUGCCCGGUGAAAUCCUAAGAAUUCAGAGUAAAAGCUUCACUUUCUUCUGGAUUUCCCCCAUCCAUUUCAAAUUGUAUAGCUUUUGGGUUGUAUGCUUUCCUUUUACAGACCACUGUAAUACUCUUCCGUUCUGUAGGUGUAAAUUAUUUUUAAAAUAAAAUUUUCAAAUGUAUUAUCAAAA